UUUGUUUACUUCCGGUACUUUUUUAAGGCAGACACGGACUUUAGAAUGACAGUUCAACUUUACCAUGAUUGAGUUAAAGAAAGUAUGCAGCCUGACACAGGAGGCUGCAAGGUUCAUUUCUAGUUGGCGACGGCAAAAUAAGCUACCGCAAACAGAUACAACUGAGAUUCCUCGACUUUUGAAUCAGGAAAAGGAUGGAGUGAUACUGUUUACGUGGGAUGAUGCUACAGAAUACAGUAAGGGAAGCAUAGUUUCCCAUGUCGGUUUGUAUGACCCAGCCACACAGAAGCAUCAGUUGAUCUGGACUUACUCCCAGCGUGCCAAUAUUGUCUCCUGUUCCAUCAAUCAGACCAGGUCACUCCUGGCUUUUACAGUUUUUCGAAAGGACUCAAAUUCUGCAAAGAAAAAAGAUGUGUAUACGGCCUUCAUCGCCGAGAUCCAGGUAUCAAACACUCGUGUGUUCUCCCUCAACUUAGAGCGCUCAAACUUCCUCAAGGUGCAGUUCCUGUAUAGCAGUCAAGUUUCAGACAAGGAGUGUCACAUGAUCGUCAUGCUCCACAGAGAAUCCAUCGGUUUAUACCGAAUACCAUUGGGCCGAGUGGGUGACAAGGGUGUGGUGAUGAGCGACCAGCCAUCAACAGAACAGAUGACAAAGAAAUUCUACUGGUGUCAAUGGGACGCAAUCCAGCAGAGGUUGUAUUAUGUCCACUACCACCGCUAUGGUACGGGAGACAACCAACAAAUACAGCCGUACAUCACCAGUGUACAGUUCUACGACAAGGCACAGCAUGACAAUGUGCUGGAUGUCCCCAUCCAUUUCCCGUUCCCUCAACUGCGGGCCUCACCAAAACAACACUAUGCUCCCUACCCGGUCCACCAUGGAAUCCCAGACUUGUUCCUGAACAUGGUGGUCCUGACCCAGACUAAUGGAACCUUCUGUGUCUGUUACCAACACCUCACGGAAACGCCCUACAAUGGUGAGCGGAGAAGGUCGUCCAGUCGGCGGUCAAGGAAAUCACCAGCUCACGUAACAACUAGCCCAUCAUCCCUGAAUCUGUCAUUGUCUUCUGAAAAUGAGGAGGAUGUUAUGGAGAUUUCCUAUUAUAUCUGUAUGGUCCACCACGCGAAGGUCCUUAAUGGCAGAGUAUCUGGGAUCCCCUUCUCAGCUAAACACAGACUUCACUUCUCCUGGCAUAGUGAUUACCUGAUGGUCAUACUACCCGGACAUUUUACACACCUAUUGAAUGUAGGACUGGAGUUUGAGCCCUGUCACCACAUUCUACUUCACGACAAGUCAUUAAGAUUAAAAUCGGUUGUGAACCAGAUGCCUGUGACACCAGAGGGCAGCACUCCAUCGCCUGUUUUUCCACAGAACUCGGAAGAGGAGCUUCCUGUGUCAGUCCUGUCGAGGACAACAGAACAGCUCUGUCACCUGUCCAAUACCUGUCUCCAUGGCAUCCAGAAGGACUCCCCUACAGACCUGUACCUGUUUGAGUAUAGCCGAGGGGAUGUUUGGAAGGUGGUGGUCAACACUGACAUCCUGAUAGACAUAUUUACCCAGACUGUGAUGCCAGCAGCAAGGGCUGCUCUUCUCCACUAUGUAUUGCUUCGUACCAGGGACUUUUGGCUCAUCAAACGGUUAUUUGAGAUGAUCAGCAAUGACAUCGCAAGCGCAGAAGUUCCAGGGCUAAUGGCCGAGUUCUUAGCAGGGACGACCUACUCCAGCAUGAGGAGACAGGUAGAUAGGGAAUGUCUGAGGUUACUUCCCUUUACAGUGGCGGACACUUUCAGGGGGCAGUAUGAUAAGACUGGGGAUGGUGUGAUACAGGCUCGUCUGACAUACUCCACACUCAACUCUGUCAAAAUAGGCACCCGUACUGCCCAGGAUAGGCAGCGCAGAGGAAAUGUUGGCGACGAUAUGUGGGACACGCUGAGGCGCCACCUACAGUGGAUGCAGCUAAACAACCAAACUCGCCGUUUCUCAAAAAGUGUGAUACACAAGGCCACACAGCAGUUAGAGACAGGGGCUGGAGGAAAGAGCUUGACAAAGGACCAGACCUCGGGUAUAGCUAAGGCAUUCCUCAGUUCCUUCCAUACACGAAUCAGCAGUUCCAGGACAGACUCUCCAUCACCUGCUUCUCUUAUUGACGGUAGUAAGAGGGUACGUCCAGACACUGUUUUGGGCAAUGCUCCACCAUUCCUACAGAGCAGCAACGUGACGCAGGCGGCUGACAAUAUAAUGACUUUGACCAGAGAACUUCUCAGCAGUCACAUGAAUCGGCAUAUGAGAAAAGAAUCCAAAAGUAAAGCACACACUGUAGCCAAGGAGUAUGUUUACUGUCAGCUUCAGCAGUCACGUCAGCUUUGUCACCUCCUGUGGAACCUCCGUGGUCCCCUGCUGCCUUACACAGAACUUGACUUCCUUCCCAACCUCCUGGACCCGUACACAGAGGACGAGUAUGAACUGUUCCAGUUGUUUGAGAGAUAUUACUACACCUGUCAGGACCUGGCCUUCCCCAUACUACAAGGAUUUUCAUCUUAUUUCACCGCUCUAGGAGCUAGGUGUCUGAAUAAAAGUUUGUUGUUUCAGUACAUAGAUCGAGGGGUACUGCAGUUGACAGGAGAUUUCAUGGCUCAAGUUUUAGGAGAUUUACCUGAUGCAAGUGAAAACGUUACAUUCAAACAGCAGCUUAUAUCCAGACUACCUGUGGAUUUGGCUGAGGAGUGUUACAGACAGUGGAAUCAUCCGCUUUGUCAGAAAUAUCUGGCCCAAAAACAGGUUACCCAGCUACUGACAGGGGCAUCAACAACUGGAGCCUCAGACAACACUGCGGAUGCUGUGAGAGUCCAGUCCAGUAGAAACAGAAGUGCAGACAGUGUCAGUAUGAACAGUAACCAUGAGACUAUGGCCUUCCCGCCUCUCACCUCCUUCCUACAACUCCUCGAGAAACUUGAUGAACUCCAGCGGAUGCAGUCAAAUGUCAAGGUGCCUUCCCGUCGAAGCCCCAUUGAUAGCCAUUUUCUGGAGGAUGUAGCUCUCUACCACACACGAACGGAGACUAGUUAUGAUCUAAGUACUGUCAACUUCUGAUCAGCACUGUGGGAAACUGAAUAGGGUUAUAGGCUACUUUACUAGAUUUGUGUGAAAUUGACCAGUGUUUUCACUGCAUACAUUCUUUUGGUCCAUUUUAAUCAUAAGUGAAGCAAACAUUACACUGGUCUUAGCUUAAAACUCAGUUUCUUACCUCCGUCAAUGCAAGGUACCAUACACUCUUUAAUCAAACGCAAACACGGGAACUCUUGUGUAAUGAAGACAUAUAAAUCCUAUUACAAGAAUUGAGGAAACGGUUGUGAAGUGGACAUUUCUGUCUUCCCGAUUUUAUUCAUGGUCCAUUUGCCUAAAUCAGGUGUUCUACAAGCUGUCUCUAAUAUUAGGGGAAACCUUUGUUUCCUGUUCUACUGAAGGACUUACCAGAAGUAUUGUACAUCAUAAAGCACAGAAGGAUAUCGGACUGUAUGUUGUAAUUGGUGACCAUGUUAUGGUGACAACAAAUUAUCUAAGAGAGACUGAACCAAGAUAAUCAACCAUCUAUUGUGUGUUAUAUAAUAAUAACUUACAAUACGGUCAGGCCAUCUAUUGUGUGUUAUAUAAGCAAUGAACGGAUUCCCAUGCUACAUUUGCCCAACAUACAUCUUGCUGCCAU